AUGUCGCUUGUUUCGAUUGUUGUCCUUGUGAGGCCUGUGAGGAGGCUUCUCGUUGUGAGGCCCGGUAGGAGGCCGUCUCCUCUCGCAAGGCUCGUGAGGAGUCCUCUCCAUGGGAGGCCCUCGUGGAUUCCCCUUCUCGUACGCUUUACCGACUUUCAUGGUUCGCCUGAUGAGUUGGCGAAUCCUCUGGCUGCCUCAUCAAAGAUGGACCAUGUUAGUAAUGAGCGCCUUCUGGGGGCUCACAAAGACAGUAACACCCAAGCGUCAUGUCAAUACUAUGACGCAGGCUUGAUCGAUAUAACCGCAGCCUGCUGGCUCCCGGUCAAUCAGUUUGUGCCGGUUCUUCCAGCCCAUGAGCGGAGUGUUGCAGUCAUCGAUCAGGAACAACAGAGCCUUCGGUGA